AUGGCAGAUAAUGUUGUUUCCUGUCGUCACAACAUGAAAUCAAACAGAAAAUCUUCUUCCCUGGAAUUCUAAAACAUGCCGAAAGGUAAGUCUUAGAGGAAAAAAUCUGGUCGUCUUCUCAUCUCUAGUAACAUUGAUAACAAUCGCAUGAAACGUUUCUUUACUCCUGUCUCGAUAUUAUUCAUCAGAUUACACCAGCAAACAAACCUAUCUUAUCAUGGUGGCCUCUUCAAUAGGCUUGAUCAUAGCAGCUGUACAUUAUCGUCUCUGGAAGUUGAGGGAUCGAAAGAUCAUCCUACGCCUAAGACCAAUAGAGGCAGGCCAUGCUGAAAAGCUUGAGAGAUUUCCCCAUUAUCACGGCAAAUGGGGUUUGCAGAUAGGAGAGAAUGCCCACAUCUAUGUAGGUUGGCCGCCGAAUACAUCCGAGAUUGUGAUGGAUGUGAGGAGGACAUUUAUGCAUUCUUUUCUCAAGAACCUGACGCCGAUUCACUCUAUGUAAAGCUGGUAGAGGAGUUUGAGAGGUGCAUUCUUAGUUAUUUUGCAUUUCACUGGAGCCACGCUGAUCUUUUGAUUAGUCAGGUGUUGAAUUCUGAUCCGGAGCCCAAAAGGAAGCUCAAGCAAAUCGUCAUGGCAGCAACUAGGGAACGGACUUUUGAGAGGGUAGCAAAAGAUCUAAAGGUUGCUAGGGUGUUCAGUACAUUGGUGGAGGAAAUGAAAGCAAUGGGACUUGCAUCAAAUGAUGACUCACAAUGUACAGAGGUGAUGGCUCCAGUAGCUCACAGUAAUAGAAGUCCAGUCCUCCUCUUCAUGGGUGGUGGUAUGGGAGCUGGGAAGAGCACAGUGCUCAAGGACAUUCUCAAUGAGUCAUUCUGGGCAGGAGCAGCAGGGAAUGCAGUGGUUAUUGAGGCCGAUGCCUUCAAAGAAUCAGAUGUCAUCUAUAGAGCCCUAAGCUCUCGAGGACAUGUUGACAUGAUCCAUACGGCUGAACUGGUGCACCAAUCGUCUACAGAUGCAGCAUCUUCUCUCUUGGUGACAGCAUUGAAUGAAGGGCGGGAUGUAAUCAUGGAUGGUACUCUCUCCUGGGUACCAUUCGUUGUGCAGACAAUAACAAUGGCCCGAAAUGUCCACCGUCGUCGUUAUCGCAUGGGAGCAGGUUAUAAAGUAGGUACUGGUGGAGCUGUAACUGAGGAGUACUGGGAGAAGAUUGACGAAGAAGAACAAUCACUGCAAGAAGGAUCCAAAAGAAGAAAACCAUACAGGAUAGAGCUGGUUGGGGUCGUUUGUGAUGCUUAUUUAGCUGUUGUCAGAGGCAUAAGGAGAGCUAUAAUGUGUAGAAGAGCUGUUAGGGUGAAAUCACAACUGAAAUCCCACAAGAGAUUUGCAAAUGCAUUUCUGACAUACUGCCAUCUGGUUGACAAUGCCAGGCUUUAUUGCACCAAUGCCUUGGAAGGUCCACCUAAGUUGAUAGGAUGGAAAGACAGGGACAAGACUCUGCUGGUUGAUCCAGAUGAAAUAGACUGUUUAAAAAGAGUGGGCUGCUUGAACGAGGAAGCGGAGUCUAUUUAUGAACUAUACAAGUACCCUAAUCCAGCUUGUGAAGAUGGUUCAAUUUGGAAAGACAUUGUAUUAUCACCAUCAAGGUUAAACAUUCAAAGGGAGUUGAAGUACUCCAUCCAGAAAGUUGAAAGAUCAAAUGACAUGUUCAGAGUAGGGGGAGGAUGAAGUUCCAAGCUUCUUAAAAAACUCAAGGCCCAAAAGAUUGAAGCUGAAGAAAGUGUCUAAUUCCUUGCUAUGUUUACAGCCGACGAAAAUAUAACAUAGGGUUGUCAAAAUAUGAUUGAGCUGAUGUGUAAAAAUCCCCCCUCCCUCUCUCUCUGUU